AUGCCGAGUUCUGAGAACCGACGCACCUCAAAGGCUUGUGAUCCUUGCAAGCGACGCAAAGUCAAAUGCAAUGGUCAGACCCGAUGCCAGCAGUGCACACACGCCGGCCUACCGUGUACCUACACAACCAGCCUGCCAGACCAACCACGAAAAAAAGCUGUACGACGGGGUACUGUUAUUGCCGAGUGCCGUACACUGACCUCAAAAUCAACAAAUGCAGACUCGUCGCUAGCCCCCCGGGUUUUAUCCCCUCACGUUCCUCAAUCUAUCGCAUCGCAUCCAAAUCCAGCAUUCUUCCUUGAACUCUUGAGCGAUUACGAACAGUAUGUCUACCCAAUGAGUCCGGUCAUUACAGCGGAUUCGAUCCACGAGAUGAUCAUGGAUAUGACCGACAGCACCGACGCUGGAUCAUUCGCCUACAUAUUCGCGGCUGUAACCAUGGACUUGACGAGAAGUGAGCCCGUUCAGGAUGCACCCGCCACACGAGACCGUAUUGCAAUGCUAUUGACCCGUUCACUGGAGCUACGCCGGCCACUUGGCCUCGACUCCCAGCCUAGUGUUAUGCAUGUUAUGAGAGACGUCUUUACAGAAAUGAGCUGCAUGACGCUGCGCCGGCCCGAGCUAGGCCACAUGUAUCUUCGCGAGGCAAUCUCGUUGCUUUACAUGUUGAACGCUCAUUCGGAGGAUGAUUUGGCUAGGCUUGAUCUUGAGCCACGCGCUCGCCUGCAGCGGGCGUAUUGGGAGUGUUUUAUACACGAGAGAUUUACUGCAUUGACCUACCACCGCCCCACAUGCUUAAAUCCACUAAAAGCACUGCCUGAUCACGAUGUGUCACUCCCUGCAGAUGUUGAGAUUGGCUUCAACUCUUGCAUCAAGAACUUCUGCCUUGUUGAUAGGCAGUUUCUUGAUUUCUGGCUGGGUGAUCGGUCGGGCGUGACUGCUGGAUGGGUCGAGGAGAAACAGAGCCAGCUGGAGGAUAUUGACUGGCAUUGUGAAGUCUUGCAACUACCAAAGAUGCAGCAAGCAGAUCUUAUUAUCACAAGGCAUUGGCUACGCACCCUGACAUGGCAAAUGGGCUUGUCCAAUACGCUCCUGUCUUCGUCGCCUGGUUCUUCAAUUCUACUAUCCCUCUCUUUCCCGCUGCGUCUGUCAAAUCAGCUUCGCCAGUUUCUUACCACUAUCCCGCGAGAUCUGGUGGGGAUCCACGGCUCUGGAAUUCUCAAGAAGCUUUUUGAGAUUGCCAGCACCAUAGCUGAUGUCGUGAUUCAUACGCCAUACACUCCAGGGGAUGAUACAGUGCAGCGUAUCCACGAUAUUCUAUUUCUCAAGAAGUUUGUAUAUUCUUUUGCAGGAUUACAGAGCUUGUGGCCGGAGCUGUUGACAGAGAAGUUUGAAAUGAUUCGUGACAAGUACCCAGGAAUCAAAGAGAUGGAGCUUCUUGUAUGA